AUGGCAAAUUUAAAGACAACGAAACGAAACUCAUCGCAAUAUUCUGCAAUGACCAGUUCGAUUAACGCCAAGAGAUUACCUACAACUGUCGAAAUGGUUAAAGACGGCUUAAUAGAAUUACACACAAGCAAGGGAACGAGCCUUCAAAAACUUUCAUCCUAUAUUGCAGGAAAAUAUGUCAUCAAUUUAACCGCAAGGCGAAAGAGCCUCAUUAAGAAGCAUUUAAAUGAGUUGAUUGAGUCCGACGAUAUCAUAAAUGUCUCUGGCAAAGGUUUGGUUGGUAGUUUUAAAAUUUCCAAUAUAAAAAAAUUCCGUUCUAAACUCGAAACAACAAAACAGCCUGUGAAACGUAAGGCCUUCAAGGAAGAAGAGGAAACUGGAAAUAAUUCGCCUCCAAAACGUAAGGCACGCAAUAAAGUAAACUCUGAGCUGUUUAUAAAGAAAUCUCCAAAAGAGGAGGAAACAUACACUCCUAAACGAAGUAGAUCGUCGGUGUUUGAUACUCCGAUACAGGUUUCGCUAUCGGAAGCAUCGACACUACGUAUUUCUACACCAGCAGGAAAAAGAAGUAACUAUGAUUCUACUCCCAAAAGGUUGUCGUUGCCACUUAAAAAGAAACGACUUGUUGAUAGUUUCUCGAGUUAA